AUGGACGACUCGAUGAGCGAUGUGCCUAGCUUUCACGUGUCGGAUGAUGACUCUGAUAACUUUGCUCCCACAGUAAAAGCUAAAGCGAAGACUACUGCAAAGAAAUUCGCAGCACCAAAAGCGAAAGGACCAAAAGCAAAGGCAACGAAGGAGUCAAAAGCACCAAAGGCCACCAAGGCUACGAAAACCACAAAGGCCAUACAAACCACCCUCAACAUGGCCCCCAAAAAGCGUGCAAGAUCAGGGAGUGAUGAUGAGGGUCAGCAAUCGGAUAAUGCCUCUUCUAACACUGCGUCGCAGUUGUCUAAUACUCCGCCCGAUGCGAAGAAGCAGAAGAAAGCUCCGGCUGCUAAACGACAAGCCGCUGAAGCCUUGCAUGAUAUCGAGAACGAUAGCAUACUGGAGACGGUGGCUAAACCAAAGAAGACGAAAACCUCAACGGAACAGUACCAGAAACUUACUCAACUCGAGCACAUCAUCAAGCGUCCAGAUACCUAUAUUGGCUCUGUUGAAAAGACGGACCAGACCAUGUGGGUAUUUAAUUCUGAAAGUAAGGAAAUGGAGCUUCGAAAAGUCACAUUUGUGCCCGGUUUAUACAAAAUCUUUGACGAGAUUAUGGUCAAUGCCGCAGACAACAAACAAAAUGACUCUAAUAUGAAGAACUUAAAAGUGGUUGUGGAUCGUGAGAAGGGUGAGAUUAGUGUUGAGAACGAUGGUAGAGGUAUUCCCGUUGAAAUCCACGAGAAAGAAAAGAUUUACAUACCGGAGAUGAUCUUUGGACAUCUCCUCACUGGUUCGAAUUACGACGAUGAGGAAGCCAAAACAACUGGUGGUCGCAACGGUUAUGGAGCAAAGCUUUGUAACAUUUUCAGUACCGAGUUCACGUUGGAAACACAGGAUUCUAAUACCGGCAAGAGGUAUAAGCAAACCUGGACCGACAACAUGAGCAAGAUUGGCAAAGCAAAAAUCUCCUCUAGCAAAAAUGCCGAUUUCACCAGAGUUACCUUUACCCCAGAUUGGACAAAAUUCAGGAUGACUGGAAUCGAUGACGAUUUUGAGGCUAUGGUGAAGCGCCGAGUGUACGACAUGGCUGGUACUGUCAAAGGCGUCAAAGUUUACCUUAACGGAUCACAAAUCAAGCUUGACUUCAAAAAGUAUAUCGAAAUGUACGCCAAGGCGAUCAACAAGGAACGUGGUCUUGAGGAUUCAAGCGCAAAUACUGUCAUCGUUGAAGACUCAAAGGGUCAUCCAACCUGGGAAGUUGGUUUCGCUGUCUCCGAUGGUUCUUUUCAACAAGUAUCAUUCGUCAAUUCCAUUGCUACAACUUCUGGUGGCACUCACGUUAACUAUAUCGCUGAUCAGAUCUGCGAUAAGUUGCUAGAGAUCGUCAAAAAGAAAAAUCCUAAAGGUGCAGCUUUGAAGUCCAAUCAAGUUCGCAAUCAUAUCUUCUUGUUUGUCAACUGUAUGAUCACAAACCCUGCCUUCACCUCGCAAACAAAAGAGCAAUUGACUACGAGAAAACAACAAUUUGGAUCCAAGUGCGUUCUAACGGACGAUUUUCUAAAGAAAAUUGGCAAGACCGAAGCUGUAGAAAACAUUCUUAAUUUCGCAGCGAAGAAGGCCGAUCUGGAGUUGGCAAGGAGUGAUGGAAAUAGACGCUCACGCAUGAACAACCCCAAGCUCACAGAUGCAAAUUUGGCUGGAACAAAACGCGGCCACGAAUGCACCUUAAUUCUCACCGAAGGUGACUCUGCAAAGGGUCUUGCGGUUGCUGGUCGAGCAGUCCUCGAUCCAGACCGUAUCGGCGUUUUCCCACUUCGUGGAAAGCUGCUCAAUGUGCGUGAUGCUUCACACGACCAGAUUGCAAAGAAUGCCGAAAUUCAGAACAUCAAACAAUUCUUGGGGUUGAAACACAAAACCACCUACAAGGACACUUUGGGUCUUCGAUAUGGCCAUCUAAUGAUCAUGGCAGAUCAAGAUCACGAUGGUAGUCACAUUAAAGGAUUGUUGAUCAACUUCCUACAGGUGCAGUAUCCCAGCUUACUGAAACUGCCUGAGUUCUUCCGAGAGUUCAUUACUCCAAUUGUCAAAGUCUGGAAAGGACCAAACCCUAAUAAACCUAUCAACCUAAAGUCCUUUUUCACAAUGCCCGAAUAUGAGGAAUGGAAAGAGUCUCACGUUAAUGAUAAAGCCUGGAAGCAUAAGUACUACAAGGGUCUGGGCUCGAGCAAAGCUGAAGAUGCGCAAAUCUAUUUCAGUAAUCUUGAUGUCCAUCUGAGAGAAUUCGAAGUCAUAAAACCCGAAGAAGAAGAAAUGUUGGAUCUUGCUUUCUCGAAAAAGAAAGCAGAUUCUCGUAAGACAUGGCUAGGAAACUUUGUACCUGGUACCUUCUUGGACCACACGGAUAAAACGCUCACAUAUGACAAGUUUAUUAACAAGGAAUUAAUUCUCUUCAGUAUGGCGGACAACCUUCGUUCCAUUCCUUCCGUCAUUGACGGUCUCAAGCCCGGACAACGGAAAGUCAUGUAUGCUUGCUUUAAGCGCAACCUAAUAAAUGAUAUGAAGGUUGUUGAGCUUGCUGGUUAUGUCAGUCAAGUCUCGGCCUAUCAUCAUGGCGAAGCUUCGAUGCAAAUGACCAUUGUUGGGCUUGCCCAAAAUUUUGUUGGUUCGAACAAUGUCAAUUGUCUUGAGCCAAGUGGAAAUUUCGGUAGUAGGCUUCAAGGUGGUAGCGACGCCGCUAGCGCCCGUUAUAUUUUCACAAGACUAUCACCCUUCGCUAGGCGAGUCUUCUCCGUUCUCGACGACCCAGUCCUGGAUUACAACGUUGAUGAUGGUAAUUCAAUUGAGCCUGUCACUUACUUUCCAGUGGUGCCCAUGGUUUUGAUCAAUGGCGCAGAUGGCAUUGGUACCGGUUGGAGUACAAAUAUUCCAAACUACCAUCCCGUAGAGGUUGUGAAUAACUUGAAGCGCCGCAUGGGUCGUCUAAACGGAAGUGACGAGAAGCCGUUUCAAACAAUGAUGCCGUGGUUCCGCGGGUGGAAGGGCACUACCGAGCCCGCCGGUCCAGAUCGUUAUAAGUUCAAUGGUAUCAUCAGAGAAACUGGUGACACUGAGGUCGAGAUUACCGAGUUGCCCAUUCGGAUGUGGACAGACGACUUUAAAGCUAGGCUUGAGGAAAUAAUCAAGGCCGAAAAGGUUCCAUCGUUUGUCAAAGAUUACAAGGAAUUCAACGACCAUAAAAACGUGCAUAUGAUCAUUCAGAUGGACGAGAAGCAUAUGAAAGCUGCUCUGGUAGAAGGUCUUGCCGAAAAAUUUAAGCUGAACAAAACCGUCGCUACUUCUAACUUGGUCGCUUUCGAUCACAGGGGUCAAAUUCGCAAAUACGAUAAAGUUGAAGAUAUUCUCGAGGAGUUCUAUGAGCAACGUUUCAAGAUGUAUACCAUUCGAAAAGCACAUUGGAUAGAAAAACUCAGUGUCGAUUAUCGCAAGCUUACUAACCAAGCUCGAUUUGUGACCGAAAUCAUUGAGAAUAAGCUGAUUGUCUCGAAGAAAAAGAAGCCAAUUCUUGUUGCGGAGCUUCGAAAGCGCGGCUUUGAGGGGUUCCCAAAGGUCAGCGAUGCGAAGAAAGCCGGCGAGACCGAUGACGUGGUUGAAAACGAGGACGAAGUGACUGCUGAUGAAGAUGCCGGAGUUAGAGAUUAUGACUAUCUUCUUGGCUUACCGAUUUGGUCUCUUACCCAAGAACGUGUCGACAAACUGAUGAAGCAGAUGCACGACAAGAAAUACGAAAUUGACACACUCGACAAGCUUAGUGAAAAGGAUUUGUGGUGUGCUGAUCUUGAUGCAUUUAUCUUAGAGUGGGAAGACCAACUCAAAGAAGAUGCCGACGUAGCCAAGAAUAUCCGCAAUACAAACCGUCGCCGUUCAAACAAGAUUGGAGCCGGUGGAAAGGCUGGUGGGAAAGGUCGAGCUAAGAAGGAUGAUGAGGAAUUCACUGUUGGUGCAAAGAAAAAGGCUGCUGCUAAGCUUUUAAAGGCCGACCCAGUGAAGGGGGUCACAAAGGUCGAGAACAAGCCCCAUCAGGGAUUCAUGGAUAUGUUCUCCAAUAAACCCAAAGCAAAAUCUGGUGGACGUUUCGAUGGUGGUGAUGACUCAGGGAUGUCAGAUGACGAUUUUGCGGCAUUGGUGGCCCCCGAGGUCAAUGCCCCCAAACUUGAUGCCGAUACAGGUAUUGGACGAAGCAAGCGGGCAGCUGCCACCGCACCAAAGAAAUGGGUGGUGGAUAACGAUGAGGAAGAUGAAAGUGAUGAUAACCUUCUCGGGGAUAUUGAUAACAUGGUCAAGGGUAUUGGUGGGAUCAAUAAACAAGACGCUCAUACUGCAAAUUCAAGACUUUCCUUGUUCGCAAUGUCAACAAGCAAUGGCGACAGGCCUAGCAGUAGCACAGGUCUACCCAAGCCAAAAAAUAAACCUGGCAAGGUGGUCGAUCUUUCCGAAGACGAAACCAACUAUGAGAUGCUUGCUAGAAGUUCCCCUCAAAAGGCUCCGGCUAAAGACGAAGUUGAUGGUUUCCUAUCUUCCGAUGACGACAUCAUCUCGAUCGUCCCUAAGAAGGCUCCCGCUCAAAAGGCAAAGGCGACGAAAGAAGCACCGAGACCACCCUGGCAAGUCCCGGUUGUUAAGAAGCCCGCCCCAGUAGCAGAGUCGAAGCCUGCUCCUCAAUCACCGGCUGCGAAGGCAUAUGAAGCGAAAAAAAAUCGCCUCCAGCAGAUUUCCAACACUAUCGGUUACAUUGAGGAUGAGAGUGAGGAUGAGGACAUGGAAAAAGCAUCACCACCACCAACCAAGCCCGUUACCAAAGGUAGACAAGCCAGCUCAAAGACUACUGCUCCGAAAUAUGUCAUUAGUGACGAUUCAGACGAGGACAUUGAAAUGGAAGAUGCUGCACCACCCAGAAAAGCUAUAAAUGGUGAAACUACUUCCAGGACAACCUAUGAUAGCGACGGCGACGAAGAUUCCAUAGCCCCUCCUCCCAAGAGGAGUGCCAAACCUAAAAUUGCCCCCACAAGUUCGGUCGUUAGCGAUGACGAGGAUGAGCCCAUCGCCCCUCCCGCCAAGCGAGGCUCGAAAAUCAACGCUGCCCCCAAGAAGUUAGUCAUUAGUGAUGAUGAGGAUGAGGAUGAGGAUGAGGACGAGGACGAGGACGAAGAUGAGCUUGAUUCUCCACCAAGACCAGCUGCAAUCGGAGGACGUGGUCGUCCAGCAAGAGCAGCCGCUGCUGCCAAAUCCAAGAAACCGGUUUACACCAUCGACUCGGAGGACUCGGAGGAUGAUGAUGUUGAUGAAUCCGCGUUGGAGGAAGAGGACGAAAGCGAGGAUGACUUCAGCGAAUAA